AUGUCUUUGUCUUGUUUCUGUGUGUUUUUACAAAUACAUCCUUCUUCAUUUCUUGACUUUGAUUACUUAGCUGAAGAAAUAAUUAAUUUGUCUAACAAAGGCGCAUCUAAGCAAAGACGUGAUCAGAUCAAUGCUGAAAUCGCCACCAUGAGGGAUCUCCUCCCUCUUCCAGAAUCGUCUCGACAACGACUGUCACAGCUGCAGAUUAUGUCCCUUACUUGCGUCUACAUCAGAAAAUGUAAUGUUUUACAAAAACUUUUUCGAUCCAGACCUCAAGAAACACAGUUCCCAGAUUCACUGGAAUUUUUCCAGGCCAUGACUGGAUUCCUUCUAGUCACGACAAGAGAAGGAAAGUUGCUCUAUAUCUCGGAAAACGUCACAGACUACCUGGGACACUCUAUGGUUGACAUGAAGACCCAGGGAGACAGCUUGUACGACAUAGUUGACAAGAGGGACCACGGCACAGUGCAAGCACAGUUGAUGCACAGUGGGUCCCAGCCAGACAAGGACACGCCUUCCAGGGAUGUUUCCUUCUUUUGUCGCAUGAACAUGUCGAGGACGUUGAAACGCCAAUCUGGUUUUGGGGAUGUCAAGGUAAUGCAUAUACGGGGACAUUUUCUGGAGGCCAGCAGCGCUGACUCUGCAUGCUCCAGUGACAGCCAGAGUGUCUUUUUGGCCACGUGCUCCCCGUUGAUCACACCUGAUGUCAAAGAGAAUUUGGUGCAGAAUAACACCAUGGUGUUUAAGUCUGUUCACAAACUGGACAUGACAUACCUGGAGGUCAGCAAAAAUGGAGAGUAUCACCUUGGCUGCACAUCCGAGGAUCUUAACCAGAAGUCAUGGUACUCUGUGCUUCACCCAGAAGACAUUCAUGAAGCCAAAGAGAAGCAUAUUCAGUUGAUUCGCUCCAACCACGAGAUAGGGUGUAUGUUCACUGUGCGCUUGUUGAGACUUGAUGGGAGCAGUUUUUGGGUGAACACCGUCAUGCAUGUGCGACAAGCAACUCUGUCUCAGAAUGAAGAGCCACUCAUCGUUUGUGUCAACCAGGUCAUUGAUGCUCACGAAGCCUACCAGAUCAAGGUUCAGGGACAUUUGUUUUCUAUGUAUCCCAGUCGGGCUCAUGAGAUGUGGGGAAACCAUCUGCCAGCAGUAACCUCCCCAAAUCAGGACCCCAUGAGCGGACAGUGGGUCCAGCAAAGGGGAUCCAACACUCUUCCAGUUUCUAGUUACACCAGUGAUGUACCCAAUUAUAUUACCCACACAGGGCAUCUGGAUAUGUACCCAGCUACCUGCUCCACAGCAGUCUGUUCCAGCAGAGUCAGCAAGCCAACAGUUGGCUAUCCCCUGUCUAAUCCUGGAUCCUUUGUUCAACUGGACCAGCUGAAAGCUAUGCUGAAGAGAAAGAUUCAGGGGCCACAGUCAGCAUCAUGCAAACCUACAAAGUUGGCAAAAGUGAGUUGGGAUGUUGAUGGCUCAAUUGGAGGAUCUGGUUACACAGAGAUGGACCAUGGCAUCUCUCACAUGGAACACUAUAGCCAUGUUUCAGCCUCUUCCCAUGUGGAAUGUCAGAAUCAGAUGAUGCAGGUCAUGCAGCCAGAAAACUAUAGAUUUGGACUGAUGACGUCUAAUAAAAUCUCCUUGAAACAACUUAACUACCAGGGCGUAUCAAGGUUCAGUGCCAUGAUCUCUGAGCAAGUGGUUCCUGACCUCAAUGUUCCAGAGUCUUACCUGACUCCAGACCCAUCACCAGUUUCGUCCCCACAGCCUUUGUAUACAACCGUGAAGGCAGAGGUGAUGGAUCCUGAAGAGAAUGUUGCUCCAGAAAAACCAACAGUGAACAUUCUUCAGGCAUUGGAAAAACUUGCUGCUCUUCCACAAGCAAAUGUGGGAGAGAAAGCUCAGCUUGCUCAGAGAAGGAAGGAGCUUCCAGUUUUUGAUGCCUUUGAAAUUGACAACUUUUUCGAAAACCUCAAUCCUGAAGAAUUGAAAGCAAAGGCAUCAGUCAAGAUGGAAGCUCAGCUGAAAUACCAAGUUAAGAAGGAAUUCCCAGAAGAUCAGGCACAAACUGAAAAUAUUCCACAUUUUGCAGCACUAAAAGUUGAGAAAACUAGUUCCACUGUCUGUUACCAGAACUCUACUGUGCUCAGCAUUUCAAAAACAACACCCCAGCCUCAGGUUCACCCUCACACUCCAUUGUCAGUGCCACCAUCUUAUACAAUAAAAACUGUGAAUGCUAAAGCUGCUUUGGCAUUUCAGUAUCCAGAUGUUAACAACAGUGCUGCCAGUGGACCAUUGACAGCUAAUGGAUAUAAAGACAUGCUGGUGUCCAGUACCAUGGCUUCUUCCCCAGUGUCGACUGCAUCACAGGAGAGCAUUGAUGAUCUACUGAGCUACUUCUCAGAUGAUGGAAUGGACAUCACUCCAGUUCACGUGGAGGAGAGAAGUUCAACAAUGGAGUCCGUCACAAAAGAAGACAUACUAGAGGCUGAGUAUAAGAAAACUUGUUACAAAUCUUUUUAUGCGAGGAAGACAGGCUGCACCACAUCAGAGCCUAUGACUGUUCAGCAUGUAUCGGAGGAGUUCAGUCCACAGUCAAGCAUCUCUUCGCUGGCAGGAGAGGAUGAUUUGAUUGUGGACAGUCCAAGUUUUGCCUUGAACAUGGCCAUGAGUGUCCUGGGUACCCAGGGUGAGAUGACGGGAGCACACAGUACUGACAUCAAGGACCAGGAUGUUGUUGGCUUUUCUGAUGAGCUUAAACUGGGCUUCAUGAUAAACUCCUGGGGAUCUCCUCAUGCAGGUUCCCUGGAUCUGAUCAAACACGGCCAGUAG